UCCGGCGCCCGGGUUGCACGCGGCAAGUCACUGCGGCGGCGGCGGAGCCGGCUGGGAGGGCGGCGAGGGGCUGUGGCCUGGCCAGCCGAGGCUUACGCAGCCUGUCAGCUUGUGCUCGGCUCCGUGGGACUGCUGGGCGUCGGCAGCAACCUGCUGGUGCUGGUCCUCUACCUCAAGUUCCUGCGGCUCCGCAGCCCCUCCCGCCUCCUGCUGCUUAACGUCAGCCUUGGCAGCCUGCUACCCUCCGUCCUCCGGGCCGCGCUAGCUUGCGCGUUCCGCCCGAGGGGCGGCGUGGCGGGGGGCGCCACGAACUGCAUGUGGGACGGCUUCAGCAACAGCCUGUGGGAGAAGAGUUCCAGUCACAAAUGCAUAUGUGAUACAUUUUGACAUUCACUGCUAAGAUGAAAUGCAGAAGUGAACACCACACACUCGUU